AUGCGUCAGCAUAUCAAGCUCAUGGACUUGACAUGGAUAUGUUUGAUGUCGCCUAAGUGCGGAACUAGUUGUCCAUUCCAAUGUUACCAAGAUCACCAACCCACCUCAUUCUUUUGACAAAAAAGAAAAUGAAAAAGAAAAAAAGGUGGCACUUCUAGCAAUCAUAGAUAUUAUUGUCCUCAGCCCCUAGAGUCUGCAUUUGGAUGUUCUAAUUUCUUUGUGCAUGCAGUUUUUUUCCAUUGAAUUCAAUAUUAGUGAGUUUCUCAAAUGUAGGAUGUUUUGCUAGCAGUGAUUUCUUUGUUCUGAUUCCUUUUACUUUAUACCAAUGUUUUUAUUCUCAAAGUUUAAUUUAUCUAUUUCAUUAUGGCGUUUUCUCAUAGGAUGCAAGCUUUGGUUGAGGACUACAUUUUCAGUGGAGGCAUUUUCUCUAUGUCGGUAUUUCAGUAUGCUAAUGAGGAAAAAAGCUCUCAAGAUAUUUCCAUGGGAUGUGUCUCGCAUUUGAGCAUCAACAUGGGCAAAAGCAAUCCCAACAAAAACAAGACUGAUUCAAUUCCAUCUUCAAUAGACAACAAGGCUGACAAGCUAAAGAAGUCAGUGGAGGAUGAAAUUCAUUUUCUCAAGGGAAGGGUUUCAGAACUUGAAAGUGAUCUUGUGUCGAAGUCCACAGAAGUUACAUCUGCAGUUUCAAGGAAAGAAGAAGCUCUAUCUUCUGCAUUUGCUGAAAUUGACCGUCUAAAGGAAGAAAAUUCUAUAAAAAUAUGAGCAUUAUUGAAUGCAUAUGGAAGGUGUUUACUGUGUUGGAGUGUAUUUGUUCCUUGCACAUGAGGGCAUGCCUUAGUUGUAAUUCUUAUAAUAGGUUGAGCAAAGUGAAGUAUUGUUU